AUGGCGUCCAUACCGAUUAUUGUGAAGCAUGCCGGCAAACGCCACGAAGUCGAGCUCGACCCUACCUCCAACGGCGAGACAUUGAAGUACCAGCUGUUCUCCUUGACAGGAGUCGAACCAGAUCGACAAAAGGUUCUUGUCAAGGGUGGCCAACUGAAGGAUGAGACCCUGUUGUCAUCUCUUAACGCCAAGCCAGGGCAGACCUUCAUGAUGAUGGGUACCCCGUCAGGCGGCCAAGGAUCUGCCGACCUGGGUCGGCCGAAGGAUGCAGUCAAGUUCCUUGAGGAUAUGACUGCCGCGGAGGUGGCGCAACAACUAGGUGCUACCCCCGCCGGUCUGCAGAACUUGGGAAACACUUGCUACCUCAACUCCACCCUCCAAACCCUGCGCAGCGUUCCUGAGCUGCAGGAGGUGCUUCAGACGUACCGUCCGGACAACUCGUCUGGUCAGUCUGGUGCUUCUGACCUCAGCAGCUUCGGUCUUGGCGCCCUGGACGGCUCUAGAGAUAUGGCUGCAGCUCUUCGUGACCUGUUCAAGCAGAUGUCCGAAACACAAGAGGGCAUUCCUCCUCUUAUGUUCCUGAAUGCUCUUCGCACCGCCUUCCCCCAGUUUGCUCAGCGUGACCGUAACGGCCACGGCUAUGCACAGCAGGACGCCGAGGAAGCAUGGUCUCAGAUUUUGAAUCAACUGCGAAACAAAUUGACCAUCACCGAUGGAAACGGAGAUGCCGCCACCCGUACUUCAUUUAUUGAGAAAUAUAUGGCUGGUCGCUUCGAGUCUAUUACCGAGUGUGACGAGCCUGGGGCUAAAGAUGCAGGCGAGGAGCCGAACAAGAGCUCUGACGUGUUCUUCAAGCUGGAUUGCCAUAUCGGGAAGGAGACCAACCACCUUCAAGAUGGUAUCAUGGAAGGCUUGAGGGAGCAGAUUGAGAAGCAGUCCCCUACACUGAACCGCAACGCCUUGUACACUAAACAGUCCCGCAUUUCUCGUCUGCCCAAGUACCUGACGGUUCACUUCGUUCGUUUUUUCUGGAAGCGCGAGACUCAAAAGAAAGCCAAGAUCAUGCGCAAGGUCACUUUCCCUGCCGAGCUUGACGUGGUGGAGUUUUGUACCGAGGAGCUUCGGAAGCAGCUCGUGCCCGUCCGCGACAAGGUUCGUGAGAUCCGCAAGGAUGAGGUUGACAUUGGGCGUUCCCGCAAGCGCCAAAAGCUCAAUAAUCAGCGCGAAGAGGAGGACAAAAAGAACGGGAAAGAAACUGGAGGCGAAAUGGAACCUAUGCAGAAGAAGCAAAAGGCAACCGAAGAAAAGGGCAAGGCCAGUGACAAGGACGGCGACACCAACAUGGAGGAGAACUUCAAGACCGACGCCGAGCACGAGGCAGAGAUGAUGGAGUCUGUCCGCGUCGCCAAACAAGAGCUGCAUGAUCUGCUCCAGCAGAAUAGACCUGAUAACGGCACCAACCAGUCUGGAUUGUACGAGCUUCGUGGCGUCAUUACCCACCAGGGCGCAAGUGCCGACAGUGGCCACUACACGGCCUAUGUCAAGCAGCAGGAGCGGAAGUCCGAUGGUGCCCAGACUGCCAGCGAGCGCCGCGAGGACGAAGGCAAGUGGUGGUGGUUCAACGACGACAAGGUCACCGAAGUGGACGCUGAGAAGAUCGAGACCCUUUCCGGUGGCGGAGAGUCCCACUCUGCUCUGAUCUUGCUCUAUCGGGCUAUUGAGCUGCCUACAUUGGAUUAA